AUGCUUGAGUCUUUGAAGGUGCCUUUGAGCAGGUUGAAAUGGGGCUUCAUCCCUGUCAGAAGAGUGGUGGAUGAUGACGUUCCUGAAGAUGUUGCGGCUUUAGAGCAAGAAAAGGUCGGUUUGCAGAAGGAUAACUACGAUGAGGUGGAGGUCGAAGAAGAUCAAGAGUUGGAAUAUAGAGACGAGGCAAAUCGACCUUGGUGGAAGUUUUUUGACGAGUACGAGUAUAGGUUGAACAAGCCCACCAGAAAGAAGCACAAGUGGUAUAAGUGGUUCGACGAGAAUGAUACCCCUGCUGAGAGGAAGCUAAUGAUCAAGAUCGACAUCUUGUUGACUUUAUACUCCAUGCUUGCGUACUGGAUUAAGAACUUGGAUCAGACUAAUCUCAACAACGCCUACACCGCCGGUCUCAAAGAAGACAUUGGCAUGACGGGUAAUGACUUAGUGAACACGCAAGUCUUGUUCACUAUCGGGAAUAUUGUGUGGCAAAUUCCGUUCAUGUUUUGUUUGUACGCUGUGCCUUUAAACUACGUUUUGCCCGGACUAGAACUUUGCUGGGCAAUUCUAACGGUUGCAACCUAUAAGGUCCAAACGGUUAAACAGCUCAAGAUACUUCGCUUCUUCAUUGGCUCCCUCGAAGCACCAGGGUAUCUCGCAUUCCAAUACCUCUUCGGAACUUUUAUCUAUCAUCCUAGUAUGCUUGCCAGAAGAUCGAUGGUAUAUUACUUUGGGCAGUUUGCUGGUGUGAUGACAUCAGGUUUGAUUUCCGGAGCAGUGGUAGACAACUUCGAGGGUGUUCAUGGUUUGGCUGCUUGGAGAUGGAUUUUUAUUAUUGAUGGAAUCGUCUCUAUAAUUGUUGCGAUCCUAGGGUUCUAUAUGCUCCCAGGUACCCCCACAGACUGCUACUCCAUUUGGUUGAGCGAUGAUGAGAUUCGCAUACUUCGCCGUCGUCUUCAGAAAAAUCACACUGCUGGAAGACCAAAAGUGGAUCUCGUGAAAUCUUUCUUCGACUGGAAGGUCUGGAAGAGAAUAAUUUUCUCUUGGGAAAUUUACGUCUUGACCAUUUGGAAUAUGCUUUGUUGGAACAACAACAACUCCUCUUCAGGAUCAUACAUUUUGUGGCUCAAAUCUCUUGGGAGGUUCACGCAUGGUCAAGUUCAAUUCAAGAGUGCCCUCACUCCCGGACUUGGUCUUGUUUGGCUAUUCCUCGUAAACAUGUAUUCGGAUCUAUUUCAACUGAGAUGGCUGGCAAUAGUCCUUUCGCAAGUGUUCAACAUUAUUGGAAACGUUAUACUAGCUGUCUGGAAUGUUCCAGAAAAUGCCAAAUGGUUUGGCUUUUGUUUACAAUACUUUGGAUGGUCUAUGGCUCCGGUUCUAUAUAUGUGGAUGAACGAUAUCUGUCGAAGGGAUGCCCAAAGACGAGCUGUGACUUUGGUGUUUAUGAAUAUGGUUGCGCAAGCCUCCACUGCGUGGAUGGCAGUUAUCGUCUGGAGAACUGUGGAGGCGCCACGGUUUCUUAAGGGUUACUCCUUCACAGCUGCUUGCGCAUUCGGUUUGUGCGUCUGGACCUUUUUGGUGCUUCACCUUUACAACAAACAAGAGAAGGGCUUCGCACGUCAAAAUGGAAUCGUCCUAUAUAAUUCUCAGACUGGUCCAGAGACCACCAGCGAGACGCCUGUCACCGAGACAUUUUCAGAAGGUGAAAGUACUAAAUCAAUUACCAAACAGUGA